AUGACCAGUUUUGAUGACAUCUUGGAAGAAGCUGGGAACUUUGGCCGCUGUCAGAAGCGAAUCUUCGCCCUGCUCUGUAUGUUGUCAUUUCCUUUUGCAGGUGUGUAUGUCGGUAUCGUGUUCCAGGGCUUCACCCCAGAUCAUUGGUGUCGGGACUCUGGGGUGGUGGAGAUUAGGCAGGAGUGCGGCUGGAGCCUUGCAGACAGUCGCAGGCUGACAGUGCCGCUGGUCAACAACUCUGGAGUCUUGCAGCAGAGCAGCUGUGAGCAGUAUGAGGUGGACUGGAACUCCACAACACUUACCUGUGACACACAAGAACUGAACCUCAGCAAAACUCCCAGAACUGCCUGCAAAGAUGGCUGGGAGUACGACUAUGAGGGACGACAGUCCUUUGUUACUGAGUUUGACCUGGUGUGUUCAGAUGGAUGGUUGGUGGACAUGUACCAGGCCACUCUAAACGUGGGCUUCCUGGUUGGAAGUAUCGCUGUUGGCUACCUGGCCGACAGGUUUGGCAGGAAAAUGAGCUUCCUGAUGUCCAGCCUGUUUAAUGUGAUUGCAGGAAUCCUGGUGGCCGUGGCUCCAAACUACAUGUCUUUGCUGGUUUUCAGAACGCUCUACGGUUUUGGAGUGAAAGGAGGCUGGAUGGCUGGAUAUGUGCUGAUCACAGAGAUUGUCGGGGUGGAGUUCAGACGCACAGUGGGAAUCAUUUAUCAGAUGUUCUUCAGUAUUGGCAUCCUCAUCCUCCCUCUGCUCGCCUACUACAUUACUGACUGGCGCUGGCUGCAGGUCGUCAUCACCGUCCCCUACAUCCUCUGCCUGUCUUACUACUGGUUUAUCCCAGAGUCUCCAAGAUGGCUUCUUUCUCAGAACAAAAGGUCCAAAGCUGUGGAGAUCACUGAGGCCAUGGCCAAAGAGAACAAGAAGACUCUGUCAAAGAAUAUCGAGACUCUGGCAGAUGAUAACGCAGACUCCAACACUGCCUCUUUCAUGGACCUGAUCAGAACUCCAAAAAUGAGAAAACACACUUUCAUUCUCAGCUUCAACUGGUUCACCAGUGCUGUGGUCUACCAGGGUUUGAUCAUGAGGCUGGGUAUUCUUGGAGGAAAUAUCUACGUUGACUUCCUCAUCUCUGGCUUGGUGGAGUUCCCUGCUGCCUUACUCAUAAUCUUCACCAUUGAGCGCAUCGGCAGACGCAUUCCGUUUGCCUGCGCCAACAUCGUAGCUGGAGCCUCCUGCUUCAUCACUGCCUUCAUUCCUGACAGCAUGUUCUGGUUUAAGACGGUGGUGGCCUGCCUCGGUCGGCUGGGUAUCACCAUGACCUUUGAGAUGGUGGUGUUUGUUAACACUGAGCUCUACCCAACGUUUGUCAGGAACCUGGGAGUGUCAGUUUGUUCCACUCUGUGUGAUGUUGGAGGCAUCAUUGCUCCCUUCCUGCUCUACAGACUGGCUGCCAUCUGGCUGGAGCUGCCCCUCAUCAUUUUUGGGUGUCUGGCUUUCCUGGCUGGUGGUUUGGUGCUGCUGCUUCCUGAGACCAGAGGUGUGCCGCUGCCCGACACUAUCGAUGACAUCGAGUUCCCAGAAAGAGUGAAGGAGAAAGCUGCACAGAAGAACCAACAACUGGCCGACUUGCUGCUCAACAACGACGUAUCGACCAACAAAGAUCCAGCGACUGAUUAAUCUCCUUCUGUGACCAAAGUAUUUAU